AUGAGUUUUGCCGGAACUCUGCAGUUAGCGACCCUAGGAUUGUCCAACGCUAGUCCUGUAUCAGGCACCUAUCUUCCCCAUGCCGUAUCCAUUAUUCCAUCCACACGCUCUGGCGUCCCUCACCCCUACUCCCGUCCUACCAGCCGCUCCAGUCAACGUUCCGUGGCAGCCCGCUCCCAACCACCCUCUUGCGGCCCAUCACCCCCUCCGCAACACCUGCCCGGAAUGGAACCGGAGCCGACCCUUGCCUCUCUCCUCGAGGCUAUCCAAACCCUCACCAGCCAAGUUGGGUCCUUGCAGGCCCAAAUCCACACUCAAGGCCAACAGCUCUCUGAGCUCAAAGCCAUAUGCAAGGAGACCAACAACCUCGUUGGAGACAAGGAUCAGGGCGGAGCACAAGCCAAGCCUGGCCCAUCAACUGGGCCUAUCACUCCCCCACUCAUACAGGGGGAGAAGCGUGUUGAAAUCUUAUGUAUAUAG